GCUUGGACGAAAAUGGCUGUAAGGCACAUGAUCUUUAUUCUGUGACAGAAUCUGACAGAAUAUCAAGUUGCUAGUUUGUCUCAAUUUAAUAGCGGUGGUAGUCAGUUAUUGUCUGUACUGGCAGGGUCUCCAUCUGUGAUCAUAUAUUAAGAUGUGUGAAAGACCCUUGCAUGCAGAUGAAAUUUACAAUAUUAUGUUUUUUCUAUCAACUGAAGAUGUUCUCAGAUGUAUGCAAGUUUGCAAAUAUUGGAAGGUGAGUACUAGUAAUUUAUAUUUAUCAUAAUCAUGGUUAAGCAAACGACGUUUUUGACAACAAACUAACAUCAUACGUACCUAUAAAUUUAACCGCUAAUUUUAAUAUAUGGCGUCAGCAGUUUGUGCUUGAAAUCAAGAAUGGCAGUUGAUGCAGGGCUGACGUUCAUGAUUGCAAAUAAGAACUGCUGUCGCCAUGUAUUGUAUAACAACUCGAUUUACUUCUGGUCGGCGUUUGUGAGUCAAAAACAUCACUUGCUAAGCUCUCUAUCAGAGAAUAGAAACCGUACAGAGAUCUGACUUCUUGUCGACGCCUAUGACCCAGUGUGCUUAUGGAAGGUAUUCACCCCCCUGAAAACACUCAAAAUGGCAGAUGUCCAGGGGGUGAUAUCAACACAGGAAGGAUGUCAUUAUGUCAAGAAUGUGUAGUGAAUAUUUUUUAGCUAUUAACAACCUUAAAAGAUGUCAAAUUUCUCAUCUUGAAUUUUCCAGGAAACAUCAUAUAAGCAUGCCACAUAUCCAGUCCUCCCAAUUUUGAUCCUUGAUUCCUCACAGGCAUUAAAAAAAUGAUAGAUAAUAAUUACUGCCCAUGAUUAUUAAACACCCUUUUACUUUUAGUUCUAACUUUGUUACACAAUGCCAGACAGAAUUUGUUGGUAGCAACCUUAGAACAACAUAGUCAUGUUCCUGACUAGUUAUUUUUCUUUCACUUUCUAUUUUUUUUGUUAUAUUUUUUCAAACUUUUUAUAUCAAACAUUUGUCAAUAACAAGCAAAGUUGUGUAGCAGUUAUGAAAUAUAUGAUGACACAAGCUGAUUUUGUCUAUACAAUAUUCUAUUCAUAAUCUAUAAAGUAAAAAGUCAUGAAAUUUAUAAUGCCUCAAUUGACCAUUUGCAUAAUAGACUAAAUUUUGAUCUAAACAAGUCUAGACAAAAAUUUUAUCACAGCUUGAAAGAGCAUCACAAAAUUAGUAAUAUUCCAAAGUUUCGUUGCGAAAUGUUGUAAAAUGUGGAUAAUAUAUAGUCUUGCGAAGUUUGCAAUUUUCAGUCAUUUUAGAUUACAAACGGGAAAUCAGACCUCUCAACUCUCACGCAUUCGGCGUGAGUCUCACGCAAUUCGCUUCAGUCUCACGCUCUCACGCCAGACCUCUCAAUUCUCACGCAUUCGGCGUGAGUCUCACGCAAUUCGCUUCAUUCUCACGCUCUCUCUCACGCCACGUUUAGUAAAUCUAACGCAUAAAAAUUUUGGCAUAUCCGCAUAGGCGUACCGGGCAAGUUUUUUGGGCAGUCGGGCAAUAUUCGAUCAACAGUCGGGCAAUUUUGGGUUGCAAUAAAAGAAAUGUGACAAAUUCUGUAAAUUUUGUCUAAACUUAAGUCCAUUUUUUGGCAAAUUUUGUGAUUUUUCGAAAAUUUUGUGUAUGUUCCGAAAAAUAUUUGUUGUCCGGAAAAUUUUUUUGACCCCUAAAAUGGUACACCGACCGAAAUUUUUUUGGCGACGGGGGGGGGGGAGGUCGCCGAAAUAAUUUUUCCGGAAAAUUUUUUUUCAAUCUCACGCUUAACUUCUCUGCAAAGUUGAGAGGUCUGGGAAAUUGAAGUUGGGCUGUCAAUUUCCCGUUUGUAAUCUAAAAUGACUGAAAAUUGCAAACUUCGCAAGGCUAUAUUAUCCGCAUUUUACAACAUUUCGCAACGAAACUUUGGAAUAUUACUAAUUUUGUGAUGCUCUUUCAAGCUGUGAUCAAAUUUUUGUCUAGAUCAAAAUUUAGUCUAUUACGCAAGUGGUCAAUUCAACAGGUAGUAUUGUUCGGCAGUCUCUCUAGAGACGUUUUCUUUUUUCAACGGUGUCCCUUGUUAACCGUCUAUUUCAAUUGAAGCCCUUUAGUAUGCUGAAACUGAUUAUAAAGUGAAUAUUAAACCUAAAGUAUAUAGCAUACCUAAUUUUAGUGUGCAGUGAUAACUAAUUUGUGCAGUGAUAAAAUGUAAAUUGUGGAGCGAUAAAAUUUGCUGUGAUAAGUUGUUAAUGAAAAUGAGGCAACUAAAAAUUUGUUUUGUCACACUUGACACAGUUGACAGUAUUGAGCAAAACAUUUUGAAUUAGAAUGAUUUGAAUGACAUUGAAAUGAUAACUGCCAAAUUAUUGAACAACUGCACUAAUAUUAUACAUAAGGUUCAUCAGAUGAAUAAAGUCUCCCACCAAAGAUCUCUUUAUGAGCUUGGAAAAUGGAGUGAAUGAUCUUAACUUUUUGUAAUUUGUGUUUGCGAGACUAAAGAAAAUCUCUUGACUCUUCAGAGCUCUUUAUUCAAACGAGAAAGACGAGGAAAUAGCCAACAAAUAUCGCUUUACAGUAUGAAAUGUACAGUCACUGGCUUUGUUCACAUGUCUGGCACAACGGUGCAAACUCGUGUAUCUUCAGAAUUCUAUAGAAUGUUCCGCACAUUCCAAGAAAUACCCUUUUAGAGAGCCUUAGGAUUACAAACUGUUCUUUGGGUGCAUGCCCCUGGAAUUCCUCUGGAGAUUUGUCAUGCCUAAGCGAGGGGGCAAUGUGUCCUCAGCGCCCCAGUUAAAAGGGGCCCAAAUAAAGAAUUAUAAUGGAGUAUGCAUACUGAUUAGAUAAAACUGUCAACAAGCUUCUAGAAUGCAGGAUUUGGCCAAAUUUCAGAAUUUCCUCGGAGCCCCUAUUUUUUAAACAAAUAUUAAUUGUAGCCUGUUUGGUGGUUACACGUAAGGGUGUGUUCAGAAAUUUUCAGGACGUGCUUCUGCUCGGCUGAACUUUCCAGAAAAAUGUGCAGUGAUAAAAAAAUCUUAAAAUUAGCUAUCAUACAGACAAGACAAGACAAGACAAGACAAGACAAGACAAGACAAGACAAGACAAUUUAUUCAGCACCGUUAAUAAUACAAUACAUAAAUAUAAAAUUAAGAUAAAGUUACAAAAAGAAGGUACUAGCUAACUGUAAUAACCAAAAGGCUAAACAAGACAGUUAGCGAAUUUGAUUAGUGACAAAUAUAUUUUAGUGGGUAAACUGAACAAAUAAAACACAUGCAACAAAGAUUUCAAAAUGGACGAUUUUGAUGCUAUAAGCUAAUAUGAAUUCAAUAGAUUAUUUUUAAGUUUGUUUUUAAACUGAGAUUUAGAAAGACCCUUUAGAUUGAAUUCCACACAUUCCAUUUAUUCCAAUAUUAUUUAAACACCUUUGAAAAUUUUGGCGAGCCUCAUACAUUUUAAAGCAGUUACUUUUAUAAUUUCUUGCCACAAAAUACAGAUUCCUUUCAAAAUUGUAACACAGAAAGUACCAAUUUUAGAAGGCUCCUCCACCAACCAGAUUCUUGCCAUCCAGAUUGUAGGUGACACGUGACCAGCCCCCAGCCCGGUUUUUUUCUCCAGCAUGGUAGGAGCGUAGAGGGGAGAGCCUUGGAACGAAGUUGACACGACACGAUGCUUUUGUCAGUUGACGAUGAUUGAAAUAAACAUGACAUCAUCUUUGAUGCAUUGACGGUUAUUCAAGCUAUCAAGAGGCAUAAAGAGUGGAGAGCCUGACGCGAUAUAUUCAUAUCAGACUUUGGGCGUUAAAACGAGGAACUUUGAUGAUCAGAAUGAAACUCAUGAUCAAUCAUAUGAUCUCCAUUGCCUUGAUCCAACAGCAUCAUUGUGAUCUUCUUUUGAAAUGGCCAGGUUUAAAGAGCGUCGUAGUCGCCUCUCAUCACGACAAAAACAAACCAUCUCCAUUCAUAAACCAUCUCCAAACAAACCAUCUCAAUUCCAAACCAUCUCCAUUCAUAAAAAUUUUAGCACAAAUCUUUAUUCCAAACUGAGCGCUGAGUCUUCACCCCAUUAAUAGCAUCUUGCAGUUUUCUCUGGUAGCUUUCAAUCUUCCAAAGUAGAGUACCAUUAUAACUAUGACUAGUUUAAUUGUUUUUGUUUGUGGAAACACCACGUAAAUUUAUUACUGCAAAGCUUUCGAUCCGUAAGCCCGGAUCUUCAUCAGUGCUAAUAAUAUGAAAAUAAUAAUAAUAAAAAUUGAAAAUAAUAAUAAUAUAAAUUUACGUGGUGUUUCCACAAACAAAAACAAUUAUAUUUUAUCGCCAUGCAAACAUUCAAAGAACUUAUGACUAGUUUGUUGUGCACGUGGACCUCUUUGACUUUGGGACUCCAAAUCGGUAAUCAGUGUUAACCGAGAAAAUCAAAGCUAAAGUAUGUGGUAAAUGAACAUGAUUUUUUAUCACACAUUAGACCACCGACAUGAUAGUGAUUUCCUUUGUCGUUUCCUCGUGAAUUAUUAAUGCGUUUUUUAAAUGCCGUAAAGAAUUAGAUCGUCAGUCACAUACCUGUAUUAAGCACAUUAACCGAGAAGUUGUUUAAUAGGUUUUCUUACAGAGCCAGUACCAAAUUCACUGCAUUGCAGUUGAACAUAUUGAGUUUGCCUGAAGCUCGAAUUGAUAAUUUAAAUUUAAUUCAACAAAUUUAUUUGGAUCAUCGCCUCUGGAUUUUCUUGAUGUAAUUAGUGGUCUAUUGUAUUGUUGGUCUAAUGUAUUCUUAUAUUUGUACAAUAUAUCACAUAUAUAUUGAUAUAUGUAAUAUAUUGUACAAAUAUAAGAAUACCGCAUUAGACCUACAAUACAAUAGACCACUAAUUACAUCAAAAAAAUCCAGAGGCGCCGGACGCAACGUGAGGCGGCGAGGGCUUGCGGGGGCAGCCAUUUGACAACUUACUUCUCAGCCUUAAUUUUUGUGGGCGGCAAUGUUUGUUACAAUAUGCCUUACAGAUACUUGAUUAUAUGUGGCCUAUAUUUUUAUUCGUUGCAUGACGCUAAAGACUAAAAUGUGUUGUAUGUGAGAGUUGGUCAAUUGUUUAGGAAGGUUUUCUUUUUGACUUUUUUUCAUAAAGCGGGAAGUGUAGUUUUUGUAAGGAAAAGGCAACCUGCUGCCUCCGUACUGCCCCUGCACUGUUUGGCCAGCGGGGGCUCCGGCGCCCCCUGAGAAAGCCUAUCAGAGGAAGAUCCAAAAUGGCAAGGCACGAACAGGACUUUUACCGACUACCGUCAAGUUAGAAAUUAUUGAGAGCGAUUUGAAUACAUUAAUAUUAGCAGUGGGAGGAAGUAAGGAGAGAAAGUCAGGAAGCACGCAGACAGAAGGAGAUACACAGACAAACAGAAGAUAUAGAAGAACAGGUAAUUAACUAGCAGACAGAUAGUUGCAUACAAACCUUGAAAGUUAGAUGAUAUACAUAUCAUACACAAAAAGACAGACAAAUCCACGAAAACAAGGCUUGCUUAUUCUCUGUGGCAUGGACAGUCCCGCACCAAUUGCAAGGACCACAACACAAGAUAAUUCAACGCCCGUACAUCAUACUGGAUUUGAUUUAAAUGUCAGGGGCCGGUUGUAUAAAACUCUUUUUAAAAUCACUUUUUUAAUCACUAUUUUGUAGUUAAAUAGUAAUUAACUCUCAAAUACGCGCUUCUUAUUGGAUGACGUUUCCACUAACUAUAAUUAACUUGAGGUAAUUCCGCAGUUUUGCAUUGCGCACUUUUACUGCGCACAUCUUAUAACUUAUAAUCAUUUUAUGACAAUUUUAUGUUACUUCAAAACAUAUUUGGUUACAUUCAUGCAAAGAAUUACGCUAAAAUCAAUGUUUUCAAAAAAGGCAUACAAAAAUGUAGCUAGGGUUCACUGUGUCUGUAGUAUAUUUAUUUACUUGUAUUUCACGUUUUAAUGCCACAAUUCCCUAAAAAGAUCGGUGACCCCCGUUUUUUAACUGAUAAUUUAUUUCUUUAAUGCAUUUUACAUUUCAUAUCCGAAAUUAAAAGAAAAAUCAUUUCUGGAUCUUGAAAAAAAAUCCUUUAUGACCCUUUAUCAAUGCAUGUUCUCAAAGAAAAAUGUGUAAAGAAAUGUGGAAAAGACAUUUGUGGAUCAGAAUUGUACACGUUGGUAGUACCAUUUUGCUCAAAACACAAUAUUUUUUCAAAAAUAAUUACAAGAUAGGUUUAUUAAAGCAAAAUCCGCGCUAAAAACGUCAAUAAAUAUCCGGCUGUUGUGAUUUUGCUGUUACUCGUAAUGAGCGUCAAGAUGGCGCCAUGUUGGGAUAAAGGUGGUAUUUUGUGAUUGUCAUAUCUUCUUAACGAGUUCGGUGACCCCGACUUUUUUGUGUGAUUUUACUUUAAGUAUAUCAUAAACUCCAUGCCUGGGAAGUUUCAGCACAUUCUCAUUUCGGGAACAAUUACUGCGGAAUUACCUUAAUUAAUCACUUUUUUAUACAACCGGCCCCAGAAGACAUUAUUUCCACAACGCUUGAUGUCAAUAAUCGCCCUCUAAGCAGUAUUAUAUUUAGCCGCUUUGUCUUUGGGCCUAAAAGAGUUGUUAAUAUUUAUAUAGACAAUCCUAUUGGAACAGAUAUUUUGGAGGAAACAUAUUAGGAAACGUUUUGAUUUAAAAGCAGUAACAAAGAAAGAAGAACUGGAAGGCCCCUUGUACCAGUGGUCGGACUCUACAAUUUGGUAAGAUAAAU